AUGUGGACCUAUGAUUGUUCCAAUCAUGACAAUUGUAGCACGAAUUAUUUCAAUCAAUGUAUUGCGCAUUAUGUUGGACUACCCAGGUCGAACAAUCCCAUACUCGGAUCCCACCGGAUCCCAUCGAAUCCUAUCGGAUCCAAUACUGAAUUUUACCGGAUCCUACAGGAAUUCGACGGAUCCGAUGCAAUCCUGGUGACGGAAUCGCAUUGGAUUCCGACGGUCUCGGAUCCGAUCGGAUCCCACGUCGGAUCUCGUCGGAACCGAAACAUGGAUUUCCUGGAUUUUCUAAGGGUCAUNUAA